GGACACACGCCCCCCGACAUACAAACACACACGACUGUGACAUCAACGCACUGACCUGGGUAUCGAAUAAAACGGCUCUUUCCUCCUCCACUACCGCGACAUCCACACGGUGCGCUACCCAGCAAGGGCGAUCUACUUCACACUCUUUGGAUGCUUUUGAGUGCUCCAACGAAAAAAUUGGUUUUCCCCAACAAAGAAAGUUGAACGUGAUUUACACAGAAGAUAGUUUGUUGCUUUCCCUCGGCUAAUUUCUUUUCUUCCUUUCCUUCCUAGUCUCCACAAUGCACUUCGAUACCCACGCGUCUCUCUACCGGUACGGAAGACUCGCGGUGCAGAGGAACUCGGUUGUGCACGCUGUCUCCUCCACUCGACAGGGCAGUGCGAGAGUUGCACUCCCCAACGCAUUACCCUGUGUGGACUUCUACGAACGCUAUCCAAAUAGGGUUGGAGCCUUGGGCAACGUAAUCAUCACCGACGAGGAGGAGCUGCGGCCGUGGCUGCUCGUGGCUCGUCCGGUGCCCCGUGAACACGCAGAAACCCGUGGCGGCUGCAUUGUCUUUGCACCCUCCCACGGAACCAAAACGAACUCCUCCACCGCAUUGCAGUUCUUUUGUCUCACAGACCCCGAUGAUGAGGUGUACGGUCGAGCCGCGUAUCUUCCGCGACUCGAUGACAUAACUGUGAAGAGCCCAGAUGCAACGCUGUGCAGCUCGGAGAACAGCUCCAGCAAUCAUAACGCGUUAACGGCGGAGGACAGCGAUGAAACGACGCUCUCCGGCGAUUUGUGUUGA